CCCUCCAACCAACUUGUCCUGCUCUUCCAACUUCAAAAAUCGUAACCACCAAGAAAAGGAAAUCAAGAUUUCUUCUUCAUCUCUCUCUCGUGUUUCAGUUUUCUUCUCGGAUUCUCUCUCGCUCGACAUUUUGCAGAUUUGUGUAGCCUCGCUCUGAAUUGCUGCGUUUGAACGAACAAGGCUUGAUCUCCGGCUUCAAUUUGUAGAUCUGUUGUUUACUGUUGUGGAUUUCUGAAGUUGGAUUAAUUUGGUGUCGAAACUCGAUUUCUGAUGAAUUGGAUCUUGAAGUUGUAUACAAGAGGAUAUUUUGGAUACGGAUUCUCUCUUCGUUUUCCUUAAUUCCACAUUGUUUGGUGAAGAAACUGAUUAGAUAAACUUACUGUCUGAUUGACGAGUUUAAUUUCAUUUUCAUCUCAAGCUUUGUGUCGGUUACUCAAAUCGAAUUCGCUUCUGUUGGUUGCUUCUUUGUUUCUACUACUUUCUGAAAAUCUGUUAAGACGCUUUUGUUGCUUUAGAGAUACAGAGAAAUCUGUUAAUGUUUAGGGUUUAGCUUUCGUUUCUUGGAUCUCAAUAUUGCGUUGGAGCAGUUUUCGCUUUCAUUAGUUACCUCCCCUGCUAUAGGACGUUUAUAUUUUAGGUAGUUGUAAUGGAAACUAAGGGACAGAAAUCCCAGUUAUCAACUCUUUCUGUGAGAAGAAAUGGCAUGUAUGAACAUAGAUCUAGGGAUUUAGCGUCGGUCCAUUCUAGAAGACGUAGAAAAAUGGAACAUCUGGAGCAUUCGGAAAUCGGAGAUUCGGCGUCAGAUACCACCUUUGAGCGGGAGAUUUCGGUUUCCGAUUCGGAAAGUGGCGUUUGUGGCGACUCCACUGCUCCGGAAUUCGAGUCUUUCGAAAGAAAUGGACUGAUCAGUUUGGAAGAAGGAGAUAAGGAGCACGAUUUCAUUAAGAAUAGAUUCAUGUUGGGUUUGGGACCUCUUGAAAGGGAUACUACGGUUGUCGCCGUACACAAGAAUUCUUUCUCUAGUUUUCACAGAAAAGCUCGACUGCAAUCGUUCAAGAUCUUCUCGGAAGCAAUGUCUCGGAAGUGCCAUGGCAAUGCUAACAUAAGGUACGCUUGGUAUGGAACUUCGAGGGAUGGAGUUCAUAGGAUCAUUUCCCACGGAUUUGCUCAGGGUGGAAACUCUGAGAACAACAGGUUGAAUUGCUGCGGUCUUAAUUUUUCCCCAGAGAAUUCUUCUAUUGAGAGUGUGAUAGCCUCCGAUCUUGAUAAAAGUGGUUUACGACAUUUGUUGCUUUGUCGUGUGAUCUUGGGAAAUAUGGAAGAAAUCCUUCCUGGCUCUGGGCAGUUCCAUCCUAGUUCUGAGGAUUUCGACUCUGGAGUUGAUAAUCUGUCGGCUCCUAGGAGAUAUAUUAUCUGGAGUACACACAUGAACAGUCACGUCUUGCCUGAAUUUGUCAUUAGUUUCAGGGCUCCUCCUUGCUUGGAAGGGUUUCGAAGGACACAAGAGCAUGUGGUAAAACCCACAUCUGCUUGGAUGCCAUUCCGGACUUUAAUCUCAGUACUUUCAAGGUUCUUGGUUCCCAGCUCCAUUGCUUUCAUUGAGAAGUAUCACAAUGAUUAUAGAGAGAAGAAGAUCACUCGGCAGCAUCUGAUACAGAGGGUGAGGCAAAUUGCUGGAGAUGAGUUGCUUGUUGCAGUAAUUAAGUCUUGCAGGAGCAAGCAAUUUAAAACUACAAUGGGUGUUUCACCAAGCAGCAGCUCAAAGUAGUGCAGAGGAGUACAAAUGGAACAUGACUGAUUGUUGUCUACCAAUACAUACAAAAUUCUUUUGGAAAAGGAAAGCGAAGGAAUCUACAUGUACAGCAGCAGGAGAUCUAUAGGUUGAGUUUUGAUUAAACAAAUUACCAAAAAGAGGUUAAAGGAUGCUGGUGACAUGUUCUUAUUUUGCUGACUUGUUCUGAAGAUGUAACAGAGGUUGUGAUGGUGGGGGCAUUUAUGUUCGUUGACAGAAGAGCUACUGAUGCCUAAGUGGCGUUUCAGUACUUGUUUUGAAGAUAUAGCAGAAAUGUCUUUGUAUGGGGGAUUUUCUCUUGUUAUGUCGAUCGCUUCAUUUGGAGAUGGUUUACACAAUUGUAUCAGAGCAACAAUUAUAGUUCAUUGAAUAGGAAUUAAAGUUUCAAAGGAAAUUUAACAA